UAAUACAGGACCUAGGACAUGCUGCCAAGGUUGCUGGGACUGUCUUAGAUGAGUUCAUCUCCUGUCCUGGGUGUAAGCGAGCAUAUCUUACCAGGGAUGUAACUGAACACUUUUUUCUGCAGCACUUUCCUCCUUGGCAACCCAAAAUGGCCAGGAACUGUUCCGAGUGCAAGGAGAAGAGGGCAGCACACAUCCUCUGCACCUACUGCAAUCGCUGGCUGUGCAGCUCCUGCACAGAGGAGCACCGGCAUGGUCCUGCCCCUGGGGGUCCAGUCUUCUCUCGAGCUCAGAAAGGAUCUUCAGGAGUGAAUGGUGGUUCUGGGGACUUUGCUUUGUACUGUCCUCUACACACACAGGAAGUGCUCAAGCUCUUCUGUGAGACCUGUGAUGUGCUCACAUGCCAUAGCUGCCUAAUGGUGGAACACAAGGAACACAGGUGCAGACAUGUUGAAGAAGUUCUACAAAACCAGAGGAUGCUUCUGGAAAGUGUGACUACCCAGGUGGCACAUAAGAAAUCCAGUCUACAGACAUCAGCAAAGCAAAUUGAGGACAGGAUUUUUGAAGUGAAGCAUCAGCACAGAAAGGUGGAAAACCAGAUCAAAAUGGCCAAGAUGGUUCUAAUGAAUGAACUGAACAAACAGGCCAAUGGACUCAUAGAGGAGUUGGAGGGCAUCACUAAUGAAAGAAAACAGAAGCUGGAACAGCAGUUACAGAGCAUAAUGGUUCUCAACCGUCAAUUUGAACAUGUGCAGAAUUUCAUCAAUUGGGCUGUUUGCAGCAAGACAAGUGUCCCUUUCCUUUUCAGCAAAGAGCUGAUUGUAUUUCAGAUGCAGCGAUUGUUGGAGACAAGUUGUAAUACAGAUCCUGGGUCUCCUUGGAGUAUCAGAUUCACAUGGGAGCCGAACUUCUGGACCAAGCAGCUGGCUUCCCUUGGUUGCAUAACUGCUGAAGGUGGACAACUGUCCCGCACAGAUACCACUGCUUAUGGGGGCUUACAGGGACCUCCAUCCUUUUAUCCAAGCCACCGGUCCCCAGUGGCUCAGCAAGAGGCUCUCAGUCACCCCUCACACAAGUUUCAACCUUCAGCACUAUGUUCCUCAUCUGUAUGCUGCUCCCACUGUUCCCCAGUCUCGUCUUCUCUCAAAAGCCAGGUCCCCCCACCCAGUAUCCAUCCGGCCCACAGUUUUAGGCAGCCCUCUGAGAUGAUGCCUCACCAGCUAGGGUCAUUGCAGUGCCCGACUGUGCUACCCAGGGAGAAGGAACUAGCCUGUAGUCCUCAUCCUCCCAAGCUGAUGCAGCCCUGGCUAGAAACCCAGCCCUCUGCAGAGCAAGAGAGCACACCCCAGAGGCCAGGGCAGCACCUGACUUCACAGCCAGUGUGCAUCGUUCCCCCACAGGACAUUCAGCAAGCAGCCCAUGCCCAGUCCACCUUACAGGCACCCUCCAUCCAAGUCCAGUUUGGCCACCACCAGAAGCUGAAGCUCAGUCAUUUUCAGCAACAGCCACAGCAGCAGCUGCCACCUCCGCCACCUCCACCCCCACCUCCCCCACAGCAGCCACCCCCACCUCUGCCUCCAUCCCAACAUCUGGCUUCCGGUCAGCACGAGAACCCUCCUGGGCCUGCCUGUUCCCAGAAUGUUGAUAUAAUGCACCACAAGUUUGAGCUGGAGGAGAUGCAGAAGGACUUGGAGCUUCUCCUGCAGGCUCAGCAGCCCAGCCUGCAGUUGAGUCAGACCAAAUCACCUCAGCAUCUUCAGCAAACCAUUGUGGGGCAGAUCAACUACAUUGUGAGGCAGCCAGCACCUGUCCAGUCCCAGAGUCAGGAGGACACCCUACAGGUUACAGAUGAGCCUCCAGCAUCUGAGGAUCCAAAGCCAGCUCUUCCUCUUGACAAGACUACUACUUCCUUGCCCCAGACAGCUGGGGAGGAAACUCCUCACAGUGUUCCCACAAUGGAUAACAACACCCAGCACUCCUCUCCAAAUGUGGUGAGAAAGCACUCCACUUCCAUGAGCAUCAUGGGAUUUUCCAACACUCUGGAGAUGGAGUUGUCAUCUACGAGACUGGCAAGGACCCUAGAGCCACAGAUCCACAGCGUGAACAGUCUGACAGCUGGUUCGCCCCAGGCAGUACCAAGCCUUCGAAGUGGCCCUCCACAAACGGUGUCUAACUUUUCAAGUAUUCAGAGCCACACCAUGCCAAGCCUGACAGCCACUCAUCUACAGUCCAUACCAAACCUUGUGCGUGGCACAUACCAGUCCACACCCAACCUGAUGAGUGAUUCUCCACAGGCUAUCACAAGCCUAGCAAGUGAUCACUGUCAAGGUGGGCCCAGCCUACUGUCUGCUCACACCCAGGCUGUGCCAAGUCUGACCACUUACCCUCUGCAGAACAUAACUUCAGUUUCAGACAUACAGUUGGACAGUAGAUCCAGUUCCAGUCCUGGCUCUGGCCCAACUUCAGAAAGCCUGUGCCCCAGGGAUGGGGCUGAUACCUCCAUGGGCAAUGCCCUAUGUAAGAUGGAAAGUGAAGAUUCUACUCGUUUCAUUGAUUCAUUGGGACAAGGUCCCAAAGCCCCAAGUUUGGAUGUGCCCAAAGACUUGGCCAUCUCUUCAGAACUAGAGGAGCCAAUCAACCUCUCUGUGAAAAAACUUCCUGUGGCACCAGUAGUUAGCACCGCUACAGCUUUGCAGCAGUACCAGGACCCAAAAGAGUAUGAGAAUUUUGAACAAGGAGCACUGGAGCUGGAUACAAAAGAGAAGCAGAGAAGCAGAGCUUGCAGUAAUGAGCCCAAGAUUCCCUAUGUGCGACUGGAGCGACUCAAGAUCUGUGCUGCUUCCUCAGGAGAAAUGCCUGUGUUCAAGUUGAAACCCCAGAAGAAUGAGCAGGAUGGGAGUUUCUUGCUUGUUAUUGAGUGUGGCACUGAGUCUUCCAGCAUGUCCAUUAAGGUCAGUCAGAACAGCCUUCCUGAUGCCAUCCAGGCCCCAGGUCUCGGGGGAAGAAAGGUCACUGUCACAUCUCUGGCUGGACAGCGACCACCAGAGAUAGAAGACACAUCUCCUGAAGAACAACGUCUCAUUUCUCGAACUCCUGGUAGCAAAAAGGGUCCCCCAGCCCCAAUAGAGAAUGAGGACUUCUGUGCUGUGUGUCUCAAUGGGGGAGAGUUGCUGUGCUGUGAUCGCUGCCCCAAAGUAUACCACCUUUCCUGCCAUGUGCCAGCCUUGCUCAGCUUCCCAGGGGGAGAUUGGGUGUGUACCUUGUGCCGAAGCCUGACACAGCCUGAGAUGGAGUAUGACUGUGAGAAUGCCCGCUAUACCCAGCCUGGAGCACGGGCACCUCCUGGCCUGAGCAUAUAUGACCAGAAGAAGUGUGAGAAGCUGGUAUUGUCCUUGUGCUGCAACAGCCUCAGCCUGCCCUUCCAUGAACCCGUCAGCCCUCUGGCACGGCAUUAUUACCAGAUUAUCAAGAGGCCCAUGGACCUGUCAAUCAUCCGUAGGAAGCUGCAGAAAAAGGACCCAGCUCACUAUACUACUCCAGAGGAAGUGGUAUCAGAUGUGCGCCUCAUGUUCUGGAAUUGUGCUAAGUUCAAUUAUCCUGAUUCAGAGGUUGCAGAGGCUGGACGCUGCCUGGAAGUGUUCUUUGAAGGCUGGUUGAAGGAGAUCUACCCAGAGAAACUGUUUGCCCAACCAAGGCAGGAAGACUCAGACUCUGAGGAAGUGUCAAGUGAGAGUGGCUGUUCCAUCUCCCAGGGCUUCCCAUGGCCCCCCUACAUGCAGGAAGGCAUCCAACCCAAGAGGCGGCGACGACAUAUGGAGAAUGAAAAAGCAAAGAAAAUAUCAUUUCGGAUGGCCAACAGCAUCUCGCAAGUAUGA